AGAACUGAUAUCCCCGGUCGCCGGGUAGCUUUGAUACCCCUGCCCUUAUUUAAUGAGUCGACAAUUCCCACUUUGACAGUAUAGCAUAGUCCUCUCCUUCCGCGUUGCCUACCACUUUCCACUCAUCUCCUUCACCGCUUGAUCAUGGGAGUGACUAAACAGCUCGACAUAGUGUUAUUCGGUGACACAGCGGUGGGAAAGACGGCUCUUGUUCAGCAGUUCGUGAUGGGGGAAUUUCUAGCAGAUCAUAUACCUACCGUCACCACUGAUCAUUAUCAGAUACAAAAGAUUCAUGAUUCUGAUGUGAUCGACGUGCAUAUCUAUGACACUCACAAUCCAACCUCCCGGAGAGCCAAUGCAAUAAUAGGCGUUUUCAGCAUCGCUUCAAGAGAUUCCUUCCAAAAGCUUUGUGCGUUCUCGGAAUACUUUCGACAUAUUCGAGAACAUGGGGCGGUGGUGUGCUUAGUUGGGACUCAUGCGGAUGUCCAGCCAGCUCAAGUUUCGGAUAAGGAAAUUUGCAAGAUGGCUCGCCAUGUUGGAACGCGGGCUUUUCCGAUUUGCGUCCGGACUUCCAAAGAAGCUUUGAAGCCGUGGAAUUUUCUCUUGGACCAGUAUGUAAAGCCCAUCUCGGAACGAGCCAUUCCAACAGUCGAACCACCGGGAACACCCACCACGCCAAAAAACACCAUGAUUACGCCUACCUGUAAAGUAUGGGCAAAAUGGACGGGUUCACUUAGGAGUUGUCUCGGUAGACGGAAAAAGAGAAGCGGGAUUUGGUUCUGAUCGGACUGGAGGAGUUGGAAUCGUAUUGGAUCAUGGAUGGGUCGGAUACUGUAGUCAGGCCAAAUCAUCGUUUCUUCACCGAGCACAAGCCUGGUUUGAUCGCUUAGAAAAGGGCCAAAUAAUCUUGUGAAACUUGUCAAA